AUGACCGUCGAGGAGCCCGAGGACGACGAUGCAACGCCGCUCGAGGAGCGCAAGAUGCGCCGCAAGCACCGCAAUCGCCUCUCCGCCGCUGCGUCUCGUCAGAGGAAGAAGGAGUGGGUCGAGACGCUCCAGGAGCGGUUGAGAGUGCUCACUGCGGACAAUGAGGCUCUGCGACAGCAGCUUCUGGCUCCGUCAGCGCAGGCCGGGGCGGCGGCGGGGCUGCUGGCCUUUGGUGGCGGCGCCCCCGCCGAGGCGCAGCUCAUAGCGUCCGACCGUGAGCUCGGCCGGGCACUCCUGGCACACGGCCUCGACACGGCUGUCAAAAUCCAAAUUCAUGCAGACCACCUCGGCGCGGCCGCCGAUUCGGCGGCGGAGGGGAGGCGGGAAUGGAGCUCCUCGGGCAUUGGCAGCACCUCGCCCAAGAGAUUCGCCAGAGCACCAGUGGCCGAGGGUACAGAAGCGGAGCGGGGGGGUCGCAUUGGGCCGGCGCUUGCGGUCAUGAGCUAUGCCGGCGGCGACACUGCUCCGCCAGCCGCCCCGGCGCCGACCGUGUCGCCCGUCCUCACACCACCUGAGGCCGUCUCGCCGCUGCAAGCACGGGUGCUGCCCACCGAGCUCGCGCUGCCCCCUUCGUCGGGGUGUUUGUUGCAACCGCCGUACUGCAUAAAGACGUCGGCCUCCCCAAGUGGAGCCAUCGCGACGGCGAUGGCAGCACCAGGACCGGGACCGGGGCUGGACAGCACAUGUGCAAUUGCAGGCGCGAUCCCCAUUGGCGCUGUAUGCGCCCAAAAGAUGGGCGCGGCAUUUCAGGAUCGACACGGGGGCGUGGUUGGAGGUAGCACGAGCAGCAUUGCUGGCGCAAAGCGUGGCGGGCCUAUGGCGGACGAAGGGGCGGCACGGCUCGCUGGGGGAGGCAUUGCGUUCGCCGCGGUGGCGCAGACGUACAGCGAGAGCCCAUCGAAGCGGGCGCGUGCGGGAAGCUACGUCUCUCCCGUGCCCGUGCCCUCGACCGAGAAUGGCCUCGACGUGGUCAGCGCAUUGCAGAGCCUCCGCGCGCCAAGGCAGUCUCAAGCGCUUUGCGUAUGA